UUCCGGCGCUUCCGAGCGCCUGCUCCUGCUGGUUGGUUACAUUGUAUCAAUCUCCCAGCACCGAGAGAUACAAACAGCCAUCAAGACACAUUAUAGAGACACGGCAAAAAAUAAAGAAGCAGAGUGGAGGAUUUUGAAAAACAGGUGGACCCGGGCGAAUGAUGGAUUUUACUGCUCGGGAUACCGAGGAGACUUGUCUGAAUUCGAACGGCUCUUGAGAUAAUUUAGAGUGUAAAGAAAUGCUCGCUGUAGCCGCCGGUGCUCCAACGUUUGAAGGGGAUCAGCGUGCGAUGGCUGCAGUCCAGUGAACUGGCCCUUCCGUCCCCCGUCCCCCGUUCCCCCCCCCCCUUCUGUUGGAUUUCUUGGGAGUUACAACGACCGAUCGUCGCCGCUGUUAUUAUUAAAAUUAUCACCGUCGUUAUUAUCGCAGAGAUCUCCAGUUUUGCCUCCUACUUUUUGUGGAUCUAUGGAGUGCACUUAAGACCCCCCGGACCUGGCUGUGCGACUGGGGACAAAAUGUGGGUAGCUGGGAAGGGGAUGCCAAGACCCUGAGGCUGCCGUGAUCCCCAGUAGUCUUGGAAGGCGAGGGACCUGACUGUGGCGAGCCUGGGCCGCUGGCACUAAGAUGUCCCUCAGUGGUGGCACUGCAGGCGGGAAAGGUGUGGACUCGAAUGCGGUGGACACUUAUGACAGCGGCGAUGAGUGGGACAUUGGAGUCGGCAAUCUGAUCAUUGACCUCGACGCCGACCUAGAGAAGGACAAACUGGAGAUGUCUGGCACUAAGGAUGGUGGGAGCAUGGCAGCGCCUCCAAGCGCCGUGGCAGCGUUGCCUGAAAACAUCAAGUUUGUGAGCCCCGUGCCCACCAGCCAGGGCAAGGAGAGCAAGUCCAAGUCGAAGAGGAAUAAGAGCUCGAAGGACAGUAGCAAGACCUCAGCUGGAGAUGGCACCAAGAAGGACGUGCAGGGAAGGACCCUGGGAGAGGGCGCUGGCACGGGUGCAAACAUGGGAGUGGCGAGCACUGGGAACUCUGGCUCUGGUAAGGGCCAGGAGAAGGGCGGGAAGUCAUCCCGCAGCGUGCCUAGUGGUAAAAAGGACAAAGAGGGGGGUUCAGGGAAGAACAAGAAGGAAAAGAGUGAGGUGGUGGGAGCAGGUGCUUCUGAGAAGGACACGGGGGCUCAAGCCCUGGUUUUGGGAACGGCCCGUGGCGGCUCUUUCGAGGGGUCACAGAACGCAGACUUGGCAGCGGCUGAGCAGGUUGGGAAUAUUGCCCUCGAGGCCGCUGGACUCGUGCAACCAUUGGCCAUUAAAACUGAGUCGGAGGACCUGGACAACGGCGAAUGCAGGUCCAUAAAGAAGGUGAAGAGCGAGAAGAUGGAGUCUCCUGUCUCCACACCAGCGCCUCCCCCACUGCACCUUCUGGCCCCCAUGGGCAACAGUGACAUCGCCUCCCCCUGCGAGCAGAUCAUGGUGCGCACACGCUCGGUGGCCGUCAACACGGCGGAUGUGGCCUUGGCCACGGAGCCCGAGUGCCUGGGGCCCUGCGAACCUGGGACCAGCGUCAACCUGGAAGGCAUCGUGUGGCAGGAGACGGAGGACGGAAUGCUGGUGGUAAAUGUUACCUGGAGAAAUAAGACGUACGUGGGCACCCUCCUGGACUGCACCAGGCAUGACUGGGCACCGCCAAGGUUCUGUGAGUCUCCCACCAGUGACUUGGAAAUGAGGAAUGGGCGUGGGAGGGGGAAGAGGAUGAGGCCCAACAGCAACACCCCCGUCAACGAGAACAGCAACUCCUCUGACAACAAGGGCAGCAGCAGCAGCAAGACUCGCGCCGGCUCCAACAGCAAAGGUCGACGUGGCAGCCAGAACUCCUCUGAGCGGCGGACCCCGCCCAACAGCAACACGGAGGACGUCAAGGCCAGUCCUUCCUCUGCUAGCAAGCGCAAGAGCAAGCCCACCUCUGACAUGGAACCCAACUCUAGCUCUGAGGACACCAAAGGUAGCAAACGCAUGCGUACCAACUCCAGCAGUGGUGCAACCCCUUCCGUCAUGCCUGUCCCCACUGUCAAGACGGAACCCCUUCCCCCUCCGCUCGACCGCAACUGUUCUUCACCAGUCCUCAUCGACUGUCCUCAUCCUAACUGUAACAAGAAAUACAAACACAUCAAUGGUCUGAAGUACCACCAAGCUCGUGCCCACAAUGAUGAUGAUAUCAAGCUGGACUUGGAUGGUGACAGUGAGUAUGGUGAGGACUCCACCCUUCAUCCAGAGCCAGGCAGCUGCAAUGGGGCUUCCAUCUCCCAGAAGGGUUGCCUUUCCCCAGCACGAUCUGUGACCCCCAAAGGCAGAGGAUUUGAUACUCAAAGCCCUUCUCCAUCCUCUGGGAAAUUUACUACCAAGCCAUCAAACAAGAAGAAAUCCUGUGACGUGGAUCCAGAAGCAGUGGCAAUGCCCAUGGAUGCUUGUGAAGAUGGCCCCUGUCUUACUGAUGAGGCCAGCAAUGAUGGCAUGGAGGAGAAGAAAAAUUCAGACAAAGAAAAGUCUAAGAAGUCCGGCAGCAGUUCCAAGUCUGACAAGCUGUCACAGAAAGGCCUGAAAUCAACUCGGCCAAUAGCUCCAGCCAUACCUCCUCAGCAGCUGUAUGCUUUUCAGACAGCUACUUUCCCUGUUGGAAGCCCAGGUUCCUCUCCUAGCAUGACCACUGUGGUACAGGCCAUUCCCAAGAGCCCUCAGUUGAAAGCCAUCCAGCCUAAGCCCACAGUGAUGGGAGACCCCUUGACUGUGAACCAAGCCCUGAGCAGCUCCAAGGACAAAAAGAAGAAAGACAAGAAACGGAAGGAGGUCAGUAAGGAGGGUGAUAGCCCAAAACCUCCAGGAAAAGGGGGAAAACCUGAGGAGGGAAAGAGCCCCUAUUCAGAGGCGUCCGACUCUGGUAGCAAAAAUGAGGGUCUCCUCAAUGGUUCCUCAGAUCCCCAUCAGAGUCGCCUGGCUAGCAUCAAAGCUGAAGCAGACAAGAUCUAUAGUUUCACAGACAAUGCCCCUAGUCCAUCCAUUGGUGUGGCCAGCAGGAUAGACAGUGGGGGAAUGGUGCAGCCGCUCACCCCUCUUCAUGUGGUCACUCAGAACGGAGCCGACAACUCCUCCGUAAAGACCAACAGCCCAGCGUAUUCCGACAUCUCUGAUGCUGGGGAAGAUGGUGAAGGCAAGGUUGAGGGUGUGAAGGCCAAAACUGAGGAUCAGUCGAUGAGGGAAAGUGCCAAGAAGGCCCUCUUUACCUCCCAGACCACCAGCAAGGAGUCCCCAUACUACACCAGCUACGAGUCCUACUACUCACCGAGUUACGCGAACCCCAGUCCAGGUGGCUCCAAUCCGAAUGCUGCUCAUGCAGAAGGUCAGUCUGCCAAGGUUAAGAAAGAAGAAGAACAGGAGCAGAAUGAGGAGAAGGGCAAGGGAGAGCCACCAGAGGAGCGCAAGCCAGAGAUCAGUGCCUCAGGUCAGCAGCAACAGCAACAGCAGCCCUCGGUCAUCCAGCAACGCUCCAAUAUGUACAUGCAGCCACUCUACUACAACCAGUAUGCCUAUGUGCCCCCUUUUGGCUACCACCCAGACCAGGCUUACCACAACCACCUCAUGAAUACCAACCCAGCCUACAGGCAGCAAUAUGAGGAGAGGCAGAGGCAAGCAGCAGAGCAGCACCGAGCAGCUGAGAAGAAGUCUGAUGCAGCUCUAAAAGAGAGGGAGUCCUCCAUGAAGGAGGAAUGGAAGCAGAAGGCCUCUGUCCCUCCCACUCUCUCAAAGGCCCCUAGUGUCUCUGACCUUGGCAAGCCUCCACCUCCCAGCAAGCAGAAAGACUCCUCGGAACCGCCCAAGUCAGUUAUCAUUCCCAAGGGGGAGGAUGCUAAGAUACAGGGUCAACAGGCUGAAGGCCUCAAGGUAAAACUUGGAGAAGCAGCCCACCACACCAAGGAAGAGUCGAAAGCAAGCCUUGAGUCUAGCAGACAGUCGGGCAUGGAAGCCAUGUGGUACAGACAGGAGCCAGACUCUAGGCUGUGGCCUUACGUCUACCCCAACAAGUACCCUGAGGCUCCCAAGCAGCAGCAGGAUGAGGAGCAGCGCUGGAAGGAAGAGAGAGAGCGGAAGGGGAAGGAGGAGAGGUCCCGACCCAAAGAGACCACCCCCAAAGAAGACAAUAAAGAGAGCACUGAUCCACGGGCCUCGGUGGCCUCUGCAGAGGACCACAGGGGAAUGGGAAAGGAUCCUCGGCCUACUGCCCACAUGCAGUUCACCUCUCCCUUAGCUCCACACCAGGCCUACAUGCCCUUCGUGCAUGGCUACACCUAUGGGCAGGGCUAUGACCCCAACCACCCUGGCUACCGCGGGAUGCCUUCCGUCAUGAUGCAGAACUACCCAGGCUCCUACUUGUCAGCGGGGUACUCGUUCUCUCCGUAUGGCAGUAAGAUGGGCAGUGGUGAGGAUAGUGAUAAGGCUCGAGCCAGCCCAACCGUAAGCAGCAAGUCAGCCCCCGAGUCCAAGGCCCUGGAGAUACUGCACCAGCACGCCAGUCAGUACAAGAGCAAGUCUCCCACCGUCAGCGACAAGCCCCCCCAUGAUCGUGAACGUGCUGGGCCGGAGCGGGACAUGGACAGGCCGCGCUCGUCGCCCUCUCAGCGCGUCUUGGCCCCUCAUCACCACCUGGGCUAUCCUUUGCUCUCGGGCCAGUACGAUCUGUCCUAUGCUGCAGGCCUCUCGUCGUCAGCCAUCGUUGCCAGCCAGCAGGCCUCGGCCCCCUCUCUGUACCCCCCAGCGAGGAGGUGAGAAUGGGAAAUCUGACUGGUUCCCUUCAACCCUGCAAGGAGUCAUGUGACUGGGUCACAUGCGGAAGCGUGUGGAGUUCGUUUAGACAUCAGUUGAAUGGUGUUUCUGUAUCGUUAGUUUUCCGCCUGAAUGUCGGGCGGACUGCGUCCCCCCUCCCCCUCGGGUCCACGAGCUCGCCACCGCUCCCCCUCCGCUGCGGCUCCAGAGUCGAAAAGAAGCCAUCGUCCACUGACACUCGCGGCCACUGGACCUCCUCCCUCGCACUGCUGAUGAGACCUGCACAGCAAGAAGGCUGACUGAGCACCUGGGAUGACUGACGCGUGUUGUUUUUCUCAUUCUCAUCCAACUGGAAAUGAGGGGUGGGGCAAAAGACCGAAGAGAAACCGAAAUCCUCGUUUGCUGACUUGCGUCUCGACGGAGGACCGUACGCACCGCCGUGUCUAAGCCUGAGAACUUCGGCAAAAAAGGCCUCGAGGGCCUUUGAGGCUUUAAGGUGGUUGCUCGCUGUAGAGACAUCGAAUGAGAGGGUUUGAUGUGACACCUCCAAGCCUUGUAGUAGUUUCCCCCUCCAGCCCACAGUCAUGGCGCUCUAUGCAAACUGAAGCUGCUCAUGUCUACAUACUGACAGAACAUCCAACAUCUCUCGCUCUCUUAGAUUUUGUUCUCAAGGGUAGCAUUGCAUUUUUUGUCUGCCUAUUUUAGUUCUAAGAGACAUGCAAUAUAUAAAUAUAUAUAUUAUUUUUAGUGGAGACGUUUUAUGCGUAAUUGUUCUGCAUGAGAGUCUUUACACUUAGCCUAUACGUCUCCAUUUCUUGUGUCGUUUCGAAAUUUGGUUAGUCGUCUCAAACUUCAGUAACCUCACCGCGCUCGCUUGCGACGCUGCUUUGGUCUGUCCCAGAAGGGCGGAACAGUUGGCAGGUGGCGUCAGCGCACACAUCGAAAGCCACACCGAUGGCCACAGUGACGACGGGGAAGCGCACGUCUGUUACCGUAGGUACUUUGGCUUAUGAAGGACAAGGCCGCGCCUUUCGGCCUGUUGACCUCAGAGCAAUGCUGUGGCAGCUUACCAGGUAAAGCGGGAAGGAAGGGGGUUAUUCUGAAGCUAACGCAAGACGGAGGGAGCCGAGCUUUCGUGGGGAGAAGAAUCGCUUACGUUGCUGAAAAAUCGCAGUACAUUCAAGGUCCUACAGAAGGCUGCUGGUACGUGAUGAUGCCAAGCCAGCGGAUGGCAAAUCGCUGUAGUCCAGCACUCGCCUGAGGGCGACCGGACUGGAUCCAGGCUGCUCACGUCUCCCGGCGGCCGCUCUGCCCGCCAAGGGGCUCGUGGAGAUGUUGCUCGUGCGGAAGUCUCUCUGCUUCUACUCAGCCCGCAUCCUGGCACCGAUCCUGAGCAGUGGACUGCCACGUGUGGAGGCGCUGGGAUUUCUGCUGAGGAAACUCAGUAACCUGUAGCAUCAGGUGGCGUGCUGCGCCCGGCAGCUUAGCGUCGCCCUUCCUCUCGCAACUUUCCUCCUGGGGAAUAACGGUGAGGCUUGGAAACGGUGCGAACAAAACCUCCCCAUCCACCACGUGUCCUCUUGGUCCACCUUGGGCGAGCGUCAGGAAUUCACCAGCUAACAGCACGCGAUUCUGCUAGCGGGUCCUCAGGACUGGCUGGGAUGGGCAGCGCUUCUCUGACGUCGGAGCGCCCCCGCGUCACGCUCACUAUUUAUUCGAGGACCCUGGAUGGCUGCGUGCCAUGGGCAGCGGCCGCGGUGCCGCCUGUGCCGUCAGUCGAAGAGCACUUGGAAAUAACACUUGGAGUCGCCGCUCCGCCGUCCCUGCUUCUUGUCACGGGAAGUCCCGCUUUCUCGGUCGUGUGCUUUCGCAUGGUGUAACAUAGCACUAAAACACGUUAACGUACACAGCACUGGCAGGAGAGCGAAAGGCCAGCGUCUGCUUUCUCCGCCCUCUCCCGUUUUUUCCACUUGCCCCCGUCUGUCUGCCCCCACAUGCUCACUAUGCCGUUUUCUGUAUAUAUUGUACAGAGGAGUUAUUUUAAGACCCUUGGAUGCUAUUAAAAUUUCCUACUUUGUCUGUUAGCCUUUUUUUUCUACCGUUGUUGAUAUGAAAACUGUAGCUGAUGUAACAGCUUUAUAUUUGAAGUGGUUGUGUUUUUUUUUUUUUCUUUUUCUUUUUUCCCUUUUUUUUUUUUUUUUUUUUAUAAAGUUUGUCCCUCUCACCCCACACUCCGACGCCUACCAUGUCAGCUUCCUCGUAUCUUCCUAGUUUUUCUUAGAGAAGUCCUUCUGUCCGUAGAGCGAGUGUUGAAGGAGCCUCCUCUUCCCCGGAUGAACGCUUUUCGUUUUCGGCGAGCCUCCAGAGCCGCGGUUCCUCUGCGCUCCGCUCUUCGCGGUAGAAACGAAGGUUUCUUCUUUGACUAAAAGCAUGAAGUAUUCCAGCUUUUUCCGUCCUCAGGAGUUCCAAAGGAGAUUCUUCUCAUUCCUUGGCCCGCUGUUCAGUAUUGUAAAUGUGACUGGAUGUUACUUGAGCAGUGAUUCGCCAUUCCUUGUACCUAAGCGAUGCCAAGUUGCGUAUGAAGAUGAACGAAGCGACUGGUUUAGUGAGAAUGUACAAAUAUAUUUUACAGGUAGAGAAAGGCUCUGUGUGUUGAGGUGGCAACUUUGUGAAAUGUGUACAGUUGUCGAGAGCCGGCCACUGGGACUGCAUGCGAACUGAGCCCAAACGCAGGGAGAGCGGUCCUCAGCACGGGAAGAGCCCCGUGGCCGGCGGAAUGUGGACCUGAGGACAGGAGAGGAACUUUUUUGUCGAAUUAUUUCCCACAAGCGACCUCCAUAUUGGAGGUUUCUGCACACUCCCGUUUUGAGUGUUUUAAAACUUUAAUCCUUUUAAAAGCAUCAACAGAGAUUUUAUUGAGAGACAGAGAAUGACAAUGACAAUGACAAAUUGUAUAUUAGCACUCUAGGAGCCCACCACAUGUUUGGAGGCCCGUGGCUUCGUGGGAAGGUCUGAAAUGCGAGAGCCCUGAUUCGUCCUCUUCUGACGCACCAAAAGCAAAACACUAAUGUUGACGUUGCUGGACGUGGAUUCGGUUCCGGCCUUUUCUGAUGUACGACCGUGUCGCGGUGUUCGUGCCGACCCUGUGCCUGUUUAGAAAACGCAUGCGAGAAUAGGCGGAGCGUGCCAGGCGUUCCGGGCACAUUGCGCGGUUUUACCUGCAGGGCGAGGAUCUUUUUAAGCCUUCUUUUUUCUUUUGUUUUCUUUUCUUUUCUUUUUUUUUCUCCCUUUCUUUUUUUGGGUCACGUAGAAAUUGUGAAUCAAAUAUAUGUAGUAAUAAUUUAAUCGUCAGCCUUCCGUUUCUGAAAGCUACACUAGUUAAACCCGUGCUGCCUAUUGGCUUGGUGCACACUGAAGAAAUAGCGCUUGAUCCUUUGUAAUUUAUUUUAUUACUUUUUUGACCUAUUGUUGCAAAAAAAAAAAAAAAAAAAGGUUUUGAUUUCCACAAAACAGCCAUUGCUGAAGUCUUGUCUCAAAUGGUGCUCAGUAGAUGUCUUUUGUGAUCCUACAAGGGAGAGGCAAAGUGAUCUGUUGUUGUGGGUUCCUGUCUCUAUAGACUCGUCACCCUGCCCCCACCCCCCGCCUACCCCUUCCUCCUCACCGCCAGGGGUUCAGUCACUCGGUAUCAGUCAUCGGUACUUGAAAGGAAGAUGUUUACAUGCUUUUUAUUGUUGUGUGAACUCAUUCCCCAGCUGUACUCACACCAUAGGUUUUGCUGCCUGCUCCUCUCCCCUCCUGCCCCCUGGAGUUUUCUCUUAUGUAAAGUGUACAUUACCACAUUUCUUUUUUUAUACAAUACUGUAACUUGCCUUUGUACAUUUAGGCAAAAAAAAUAAAUCUUUUUAUGAGACAAUCA